UUAUUUGUUUUGGGUCUCUUUGAGAGCGAUUGAAGCUCUAUGCGAUUCUUCGAUGGAUCGGAGAAGCAAGCCUAGGGUUUCCGGAUCGGGAGUUUGAUUUGCAAACCCUAAGCAUUCCUUAUUGGGAUUCUCCGCUGCAUUUUGAUUUGGAGGUUUUUGAUCCGGUUACUUUGCUUCGGCGGUGAAUUUGGGGGAGAAUAUUUUAGGGUUUGGAGUUCGGCGGUGGUAUGUGAGGAUGGCAUCUGGUGGACUUGUUGCGUCUCCUUCGUCGGAGGAGGAAUUCGACAGGUUGAUCUCUGGACUUAAAGAGAAGCAUCGAUUGGAUCUAGAAAAUUUGACAUUGUAUGCUCAACCUUUUAAGACUUCACAAUUAUUCUUUUUUGGUGUUGUUCAAUACCUUAAAAAAUCACUUCUAUAUAUGGUGAGAAAAGGUGGUUGGUUUAUGGUAUUGAGUAUCCUGAUAGUUGCUUUCUGGGUCCUGCUUAUAAGCAUUGACGGGCCACAUGAAAAGCACGUUCAAGAGAUUAUUAAUUAUUCCAGAUUUUGCUUGUGGUGGGUGGCACUUGGUGUGGCAUCGUCAAUAGGACUAGGUUUUGGAUUACAUACUUUUGUUCUGUAUUUGGGUCCCCAUAUUGCCCUUUUUACAAUCAAAGCAUCACAAUGUGGUCGGGUCGAUCUGAAAAGUGCCCCUUAUGACACCAUACAACUGAAUAGGGGGCCUUCAUGGCUUGGGAAGGAUUGUUUGGAGUUUGGACCUCCUUUAUUUCCACCAGUUACUGGUUCCCGAGUUAGGAUUCCACUAAGUAGCAUUCUCCCUCAGGUUCUGUUUGAGGCCAUUCUGUGGGGCCUUGGGACUGCCCUAGGCGAGCUUCCUCCUUAUUUUAUUGCGAGAGCAGCACGCUUAUCUGGAAGUAAGGUAGGAAGUAUGGAGGAGCUUGAUGCUACUUCUUCCAGUGGCGCUUCUUCUGAAGAUGGAAUUAUUUCUACUCUGCUCAAGAAAGCUAAAUGCUGGCUAUUUUCUCAUUCGCGACAUCUUAAUUUUCUUACAGUUUUAGCACUUGCUUCGGUACCAAAUCCACUAUUUGAUCUUGCUGGUAUCAUGUGUGGCCAAUUUGGAGUCUCAUUUUGGACAUUCUUUCUUGCUACCCUGCUUGGGAAGGCUAUAAUCAAGACUCACCUUCAGACUGUUUUUAUCAUCUUGGUUUGCAACAAUCAACUGCUAGAAUUGCUGGAAAAUGAGCUACUAUGGUUGCUUGGUUUGAUUCCUGGAUUCUCAUCCUUGCUGCCCAAGAUCACUGUCAAAUUGCAUACGGCCAAGGAGAAGUAUUUAUCUGCUCCUGUGCCUUCAAAAGUGAAGGGGAAGCAGUUGAACCUAUCCUUUAAUUUGGUGUGGAAUACCAUUGUGUGGAUUAUGGUCCUGAACUUUUUCAUCAGAAUAGUAAUGACUAUUGCCCAAGAAUAUCUGAAGAAACAGCACAAGUUAGAGUUGGCUAACAAAAUUGUGGAAUUAAAGCAAUUGAAAGCCGAAUCUGAUUGUGCAUCCCCCAGCUCAUAACUAUUUAUCCCAUUUAUCCUAACUGUGCAAUUGAGGAUAUAAGCUGUUCCCUGUUGCCAUUGCAAUACUCCAGUGCCUUGUUUUUACCUUCUUCUACUCUUUUUCUUUAUGGGUGGAGACGGGCAGUUUUUCUCCUGCGCUAAUUGAACCAAUGUGCUUCUCACAUUGGUGCACCUUUAAUUGUUUGGACAAGAGAACUUUAAUUCCCUGAAAAAAAAAGAAAAAAAGAUGUCACAAUAUCACUGGCUCA